AUGGACAGAAACCAAGAAAUUGCACUGACCCAGAUGCGGAAAUCGGUUGAAAAGCUUAUGUCUUCCACAGAGAAGUAUGGAGACCCAGCACUCAUGAGGUUCUUGAUUGCCAGAUCAAUGGACCCAGACAAAGCUGCAAAGAUGUUUGUUCAGUGGCAGAAAUGGAGGACUGCAUUGGUGCCUUCAGAGUUCAUCUCUGACUCUGAAGUUGGCGAUGAAUUGGGAUCUAAAAAGAUUUACUUACAGGGUUUAUCAAAAAAUGGACACCCAGUAAUUAUUGUAAGAGCAAGCAAGCAUUUUCCUUCCAAUGAUCGGCUCCAAUUCAAAAAAUUCGUGGUUCAUUCGCUAGACAAAACAAUUGCAAGUUCUUUUAAAGGCAGAGAGAUUGGAAAUGAAAAGUUGGUUGCUGUUCUUGAUUUUCAACAAAUUACAUUCAAAAACGUUGAUGCUCGUGCGUUAAUCACUGGUUUUCAGUUUUUGCAGGUAAUUCUUUUUUCUGUUAUCAUUCUAACACGAUCAAGGUUUUCUUCUGGUGUACUGGCUUCUAGUCAUGGUGCUGCCAUGAACUGGCUGGGGUUCGCGAAAUUUGUGCAGAUCACCUUUGUUAGAGGCCAGACCUCUGGUUGUGAUGACAAAUCUGGUUCUGGCUUUAUUAUUGAUGACUCAUAA